AUGUCGCCGGAUACUUUGGACCUCGCUGGCAAAGUGGCUAUUGUCACUGGUUCCGGCAGAGAGACUGGAAUUGGUGCUUGCAUUGCAUCAACAUUAGCCCGCAAUGGAGCCCUGGUGAUCAUCAACCACGUCUCUGAUGCAAGUUCUCCACGGGCAACGAACGUCAUGGAGGAUAUCUGCCGCCAAGGCGGGCGAGCCGCUGUAGUCAAGGCAGAUGUUACCACGCCCGAGGGAGCCAAAGCUUUAAUUAAUGAGACUCUUUUGGUGUUCGGUGUUGACCACAUUGAUAUUCUCGUCAACAAUGCUGCUGCUGGAAUGCCCCAUGGUGUUCCUAAUGCCACCAGGGAGAGCGUGGACACAUUGUUCUCCUCCAUAGUGUACGCGCCAAUCUUCCUGGUUCAAGCUGCGGUUCCAUAUAUGCCCCGCGGAAGCCGUGUGAUUAACAUUGGAUCUAUUGCUUCGAAGCUUGGCAUGGCUCCCAUCGCCAUUUAUGGCGCCGCAAAGGCAGCAGCAGAUGCCCUGACUUACUCCAUGGCCAUGGAGCUGGGUCGUAGUCGUGGAAUUACCAUCAACACCGUUUCACCAGGUCCUGUUGAUACAGACGCGCUGCCAAAGGAGCAGGCUGAAAUUAUCAAUCGAACGCUCGUGCCUAUGACGCGAGCGGAAGAGAGGGUUGGCACUACACAUGAUAUUGCGGAUGCAGUGCUUCUUUUGGUCUCGGAGAAAAGCCGGUGGAUCACCGGGCAGGUCAUUUCUGUGAGUGGUGGUAUUACUGGAGGCUAG